AUGUCUGCCCAUGGCCCUCCGGCCGUCCCUUCGCGAAACGCCCUGAGAGUGCUUCGGAAUCUUGCCCUUGCGGGCUCAACAGUUGGAAGCUUUUGCACGGUUGCUGCGAUCACCUACGAUGUGCACCGACGAGUCUCCGUCGCGGAGCGCAUUAUCGAGAAUAAGCGAGCCCUUCAAACGUCCGCUCCGAGAUAUGAUGCUACGUCUGCAGCCAGAAGAAUUUCCCGGAUGAUGGAAGCAGCAGAAGCAGGCGAAUUUAUGGGACUGGAAGCAUGGAAAGAGAGCGAGAAAAGGUACAGGAAUGCGCCAUACCCUAGCACGGGGUACGACGGGAAUGGCUCUCCCGGUGAAAGUCCUGGUACCUGUACGACGGAUGGCGCCAAUUCGCCGGCCUCAGUCGGCUCUAUGACUGGAACCGCAACAAAAUCGGAAGAGGUCACAGAGCUCGUUACAGAACUUGGGUGGAAACUCAAUAGGUUACGGCAUGGGCCCAAGACAGAUAUACCUCCUUCCAAACCACUUCCGCCAAGCCUCAAACCAAAAUAUGUCGUUCGACAGCCGGACCCAGAUGCAGAUAUUGCUACGAUAGAUGCCAGGCUGGAUCUACCUUCUGGGAAUCAGUUGACUCUUGACGAACGGAUAGAAAGUCUUACCGAGCGUGGUCAGUACAUUGAUGCUGCUCAAAUAUUCUUGGAUGAACAUCCAGCCUCAAAUGGAGGUAUAUCGAUUCAUAGGCGACAACUUGUGGAACAGCUGUUUUACUUGAACUGCCGGCAAGAGAAUGUUUUCAUCGCGAGGAGUCUAUUCGAACGACUGGAAGAAGUGGAUCGGGUGUCCCACACUAUGUGGAAGGUCCUGAUUGUCGCAUUGGCGAAGAAAGGCUGCAUAGAGUCGGCUACGACGGUCUUCCUUCGUUACAAGGACUCCUAUUCUAUUCCUGGGAUAUUAUUGGACGUUGUCCUUCGGUGUUUGAUUGAAUCUCGCAGGCUUCAAACUGCGAAACAGGUUCUCUUCCAGCAUUUACACCUGGAUCGAGACUGUGGUUUAUGUGGUGUCUAUCUUACGGGCCUGUGGAAGAAAGCUAGAAGCAUUGAGCUUCUCAACGGCCAGUUCACAAAAUUACUGAUAAUGCUCCGACGCAUGGACAAGAAACCUACUCACAAGCUCAUAAGUCCAAUGCUCCAGGCAUAUGUGGAUUUUGGCAGGUUCGCAGAUGCUGAAACUCUGCUACACGAGAUGACGGUUACGUACCAAGUCCCACUUAAUGUGCGAAUGAAAGGUAUUCUAGUGUACGCGAAAGCUUUGCAAUGUGACUGGACAGCUGUCGAUGAAGGGUUUAACGAAAUGCACAACCUAGGUCUGACGAGUCCCAAGGCGGACUUUCUCAAGAUCUUCCACCGCAUCUUUCUUGAAUAUUGGCCGUCUCACACAGCGGUCGAGAUUCGGGAUUUCCUUUACCGCUAUAUUGAUAAAUUCGAUAUUGUUCCUGAUCAGGUUCUCUGGGGUCACAUAUUGGAGGCAAUUGUUGAAAGGGGCGAUAUGGCUAUGCUCUCCGAAUUCACAAAUUUGGCGCGCGAGCGCGGGUGGAAAAUUAAUCUGGAUCAAACUGCGGUACUGGACGUAUUGCGCAAACGUCAGUCCGCACUAGGGGAUUCUCCCGUGGGCUUCUGGCAGAUGUUGCACGCUGCGCGAGCAGACAAUAUGCGAGCCACUGCGUCGCAACAGCUUCUUGGUCACGACCAGCGAACAAAUUGGCGACAAUCAAAUCACACAGUGGAGCAGGCUUACUUCGCUGAUGGAUGGUAUGAGCGCACGGUGCACGAGUUAACAGGACCUUCGAGAUCCGUUGAUGAUUAUCAGAACUUACAAACCCAAAUGAUUUACUACAUUCAUGCGGGCAAAAUGACAGAGGCCCUUCAGUGCUUUCAGGAUGCAAGAGUGUCUGGAUUUGAGCUUAAGCCACAGGAAGUUGAGCUUGCGCUGAUUGCUACACUACUCAGCCAGGGACUGGGCGCUGCUCAAGCUCUGGUUGAGGUGGAAGUUGAAUGGAUUGAGUGGUUGCCUAUCUUUUUCCGCCAGAUCAAAGAUAUGGAUCCCUCAGCAGAAUCCGAGUUCAUCCAAUUGGCUGUUUUCCGCUUCUAUCGCAUCCGCUGGAUGAGACGGUCGAUGAUGGUCACGCAUAAUAUCACCGCCGCAACGAGCGGGCGUCUGAUCGCAUCGAAUAAACCGGAGAUGGCUAUUGAUCUACUCGUGUCGGUUUAUAAAUCAAAAUACGGACGCCUAAAGGCAUUCGAUGCAGUUUGCAUGAAGAUGUUCUUGCGCGCGUUCGCUGCUACGGAGAACCUUCGGGGGAUCCGGUGGUGCAUCCUAACUGCGCUCUCGCGAGACAGUGCCCUCUCCCGAGAUUUCGCUGUCGAGGUUGACCGCGUUCUAGGAGUGCUCCAUCGGGAAUCCGUGGGCAUAAGCAUGGACCUCCAAAAAGCCAAGUUGAGAGCGAGUCAGUUGAAGACCCUGACAUACCUUGGCGAAGUUCUUCACAAAAAGUUCGAAGGCUACUUCAAACCUGGCGUUUGGAAUGUCAAUUACGGACUGAAAAAGGCCAGGCGGCGAGAGCUGAAGACUCCAUCCGCGAACAUCUGGAAUUUCGAUUACAACAAGAAGAAACAAGCCCAGAGCAAAAUUCAAGGGAUUGUCAAUAGCUGGGAUGAGGAGUACGAGCUUGAACGGUUGCUGGACUGUAUUGACAAUGAUCAAAAUUCGAUUCUUGCUAGAUGGAACGAGGUUACCUGUCGUCGACAGGAGCUGGAACUGGAGCAGAUAGACGGUGUGCCUGUAUAUCUUUUUCGCCUGUCUCGACCUUCGCUGAGGAAGAAAGCAAUAUUUACAGCCAAUAGCCAGCCCCAGUUUACAUCGUAUGUUCGUCCUUAG